CCGGCUGCGAUUUAUCAGAGGAAGUUCUAAGUUAACCAGGAGUCUUCACUGUUGGUUUCAAACCUUUUCCACCACUCGGUGACCUGCACACCGCUGGUUUCAAAAAGAAAAUAACAAGCCUUGACGUCCCUGGAUAAAGGCGCCAGAAAAUGAGGUCCUGGGCUGUAAGCGUCCUUUUGCUGAUAUGCUUUUGUCACAUGUUUGUCGGGGGACAAACAGAAUCAUCACCAUCACCAACAAACAGACCAUCAUCUGAAGCUGGGACAAGCAGUUUAAAUACAUCUGAUUCUGGGACUACAACACAUGGUAAUGGAGAAAACAUUGAUUCACAACCAGAGUCUCCAACAAGCUCAGGAUUUCCAUCGGCUGCCAGCUCAACAACAAAAUCUGAUAACCUGGGAGUAGCUUCCGAUUCCACAGCACAUUCUGCAACUGAAGCACCCACAACUGGACCGUCUCUAUCUUUGAAAGACAAUCCCAGGAAUGGCUCAGCUACAAAUGGAGCUCCACUUGGAGAUUUUUCAACUGCCAAAAACCUAGUCCUGGUUCUGCUCCUUAUCGUUGCAAUGAUGGUUCUCAUCAGCCUCAUUGUUCUGAGAUUCAAAUGCAGAAAUUAUCGGAAGCACAAGCGAGAGGCAAAAGACAGCACAUCAGACCAGACCACUGCAGAUAAAGACCAAGUGACCCUCAUCUCUAUAAAGUCAACUGAUACGGAUGCUGGUGAACCAUCUUUUGGGAAGCAUGAUGCUGUGGAAAAUGGGAAGGUUGAGGAUCUUGCUCAGGCUCAGAUCCACAAUCAGCAAAGACCUUCUCUAAACUGACCAUCAAGCACAACAAUCUAUCGUGUGCAGAGACUGCCAUAUAAGGAUCUUUAUUCAGAAUUGAGAUUCUGCACUGUACAAUGGUGCAGUGAUUAAUGGAUUUAGUGUGACUACCCCCCACAACUGAAUUUUGAUUACGAGUUGUGAGGUUGUUGAGUGUUUUCAGAAAUCUCAUAUUUAACAGCGAAUGACAGAAUUUGAGUUGCAUUCUGAAAUGCAGAUCCUUCAGGAUAAAGGGCAAUUAAUAAUUAAUUGAGCAACUGUUGUCUGUUGGGGCGCCAAAGCAACAAGGUUGUCUGUUAGGGCUCUAAGUGACAAGUCUUAUCCUCAUUCUGAUGAUUUCAUUAGUAAAGCAUAAAUAAUUCUAUUAGCAAUUACCUCAAGUUAUUUCCAGAGCCCUUUCUGUGUUUUCUGCUGUCGCAUUGUGAUUAGCCUCAUUCUCCUGACUUUCAUUAUAUCAAGGGUACAGCCCUGGAGUAGGCUAUUCAUCCCAACUGGCCCAUGCCAGUGUUUAUGAUCCAAACAAGCUUCCUCGCUCCCACUCCACACACCCUACCAACAAAUGUUGCUCUUCCUUUCUCCCUCAUGUGUUUAUCUAGCUUACUCUUAAAGGUAUCCACACUAUCCAUUUCCCUGUGGUUGUGAGGUCCGCACACUCUCUGGAUAAUUCCCCAGUUGAAUUUAUUAAUGACUGUCCUAUACCUGUUUUGGGCUUCCCAAAAUUGGAAGCACCUUCUCCCUUAUUAAAAUUCUUCAUACUCGUAAAGACCUUCAAAAUCUAUCACAAAACUGGUUGUCAUUUCUUCCAAUGAGUUGUGUGAGAAAUUAUUCAGCUGUUCAGAAUGCACAGGCUUCUCAGUAAGGACACAUGAUACAAUAAUGCAAGAAUGCAAUCAGAAAAGAUGUUGGCUGGGAACUGUGAUUGUGUUGUGCUCUGUAUUGUGGCAUUACUCAGUAAAGUGCAGAUUUAAUAGGAACCACAA